AUGGGAAGUCUUAGUGGUUUUUUGCUUAUCAGUUGCAGAAAGAUUCUGGAUGCCCCUGUUAUCCUGAGUCAGGAUUUGGUGACAGAGAAUUUCUUCAAAGUUUUUGAAACAAAGACAAAAGACAAGCAGGCUCGCUUAAAAGAGAGUGGACGCGAGCUUGCUGUUUCAUGGGCUCUAUGUGCUGUAUGCCUAGUUGGCCAUUUAACUCACUUUCUUGGUGUGAACGCUCCAUGGAUCCAUGCCAUCCAUUCAACGGGGUUCCAUGUGUCUUUAUGUUUGCUUACGUUGCUUGGUCCUGGGCGUAAGCUAGUACUUGAUGGUUUCAAAAGCCUUUUAAAAGGUUCUCCGAACAUGAACACGCUUGUUGGUCUUGGGGCUAUGUCAUCAUUUAGUGUUAGCUCAGUGGCAGCUCUGGUUCCAAAAUUGGGGUGGAAGACAUUUUUUGAGGAACCAGUUAUGUUAAUAGCUUUUGUAUUGCUGGGAAGGAAUCUUGAACAGAGAGCUAAAAUCAAAGCCACCAGUGAUAUGACUGGUCUUCUGAGUGUUUUGCCUUCAAAAGCUCGCCUUCUGCUUGAUGGCGGCGACCUACAGAAUUCAACUGUUGAGGUUCCUUGUAACAGUCUCUCUGUCGGUGAUCUAGUCGUCAUACUACCAGGAGAUCGAGUUCCAGCAGAUGGUGUUGUCAAGUCAGGUAGAAGCACCAUUGACGAGUCAAGUUUCACAGGUGAACCAUUGCCAGUGACAAAAGAAGCAGGGAGUCAAGUCGCAGCAGGAUCUAUAAAUCUGAAUGGAACUCUUACUGUGGAAGUGCAUAGAUCAGGGGGUGAAACUGCUGUUGGGGACAUUGUUCGCAUGGUUGAAGAGGCCCAAAGUAGAGAAGCACCCGUACAGCAGUUGGUUGACAAGGUCGCAGGGCGCUUCACGUAUGGAGUGAUGGCACUCUCUGCAGCUACAUUUACAUUCUGGAAUCUAUUUGGUGCACAUAUUCUUCCUUCUACCUUGCAUAACGGGAGCCCAAUGUCUUUGGCCCUCCAACUAUCUUGCAGCGUUCUGGUUGUGGCUUGUCCAUGUGCCCUCGGGUUGGCUACGCCAACUGCAAUGCUGGUUGGUACAUCAUUAGGAGCAAGAAGAGGAUUACUUCUUCGUGGUGGUGAUAUUCUUGAAAAGUUUUCCACCGUUGAUACUGUUGUCUUUGACAAAACUGGGACACUGACAAAGGGACACCCUGUUGUGACUCAAGUUAUGAUUCCCGGAGAUCCAAGACAAAAUUUGAAUGAUACUUGGUCAGAAGAUGAGGUUUUGAUGUUCGCAGCUGCUGUUGAAUCGAACACGACUCACCCUGUUGGGAAAGCGAUUGUUAAAGCAGCUCGGGCUCAUAACUGUCAAACUAUGAAGGCAGAGGAUGGAACAUUUACUGAGGAACCAGGGUCUGGUGCCGUUGCUAUUGUCAACAACAAGAGGAUUUCGGUUGGGACCUUAGAGUGGGUUCAGAGACAUGGAGCCGAUGGGAGCUCAAUGCAUGGAUCUGAAGAUCAUGAAUUUAACAACCAGUCUGUUGUGUAUAUUGGGGUGGAUAAUACACUUGCUGCAGUCAUCCGUUUUGAAGAUAAAAUAAGGGAAGAUGCUGCUCAAGUUGUUGAGAAUUUGACUCGACAGGGAAUUAAUGUAUACAUGCUCUCUGGUGACAAGAAGAGUGCUGCAAACUAUGUCGCCUCUGUUGUUGGAAUUCCUCAAGAAAGGGUUAUAUCAGGAGUUAAACCAGCAGAGAAAAAGAAUUUUAUCAAUGAACUUCAGAAAAAUAAGAAUAUAGUAGCAAUGGUGGGUGAUGGAAUAAACGAUGCUGCUGCUCUGGCAUCAUCUGAUGUUGGUGUAGCCAUGGGUGGUGGUGCAGGAGCGGCCAGUGAGGUGUCUCCCAUUGUCUUGAUGGGCAAUCGGUUAUCACAGUUGCUCGAUGCAUUGGAGCUAAGCCGACAAACCAUGAAGACUGUAAAGCAAAAUCUUUGGUGGGCAUUCGGAUACAACAUUGUAGGGAUCCCAAUUGCGGCUGGAGUGUUGCUGCCAUUGACUGGAACCAUGUUGACUCCAUCAAUGGCGGGGGCUCUCAUGGGUGUGAGUUCUCUUGGUGUCAUGACUAAUUCUUUACUUCUGAGGUACAGAUUCUUCUCGAACCGAAAAGACAAUAAUGUCAAAUGGGAACCAAAAGAGGGAACAAAGCGACCACAUGAAAACACAAGAUUAAAGGAAAGCUCUUAA